GCAACCAGAAGUGCCAAUCGAAGAGAUUUCGUGACUGAACCUUUUGUUUUGUAUUCAUUUUUGGUGCUUCAUUACUUAAGCAGUCAGCGAUGAAGAUGAUCGUUGUGUUUACAGUAUGUAUGUCUGUGGUGGUUUUGGCGUCGGCUCAGGCUGAUCAGAAGUCAAAGAACUGCAAUGAAGUCAGAACUGCCUACAGUUCCAAAGGUUUCAACGUCAACGAUGUUCCCAACAAAGGAGUGCAGGGAGCCCAUCUGAAGGUGUGUCCUCAAGGUUUCUCCUGCUGUACUCUGGAGAUGGAGGAGAAGUUGAGUCAGCUGAGCCACGUAGACCUGAAAGUUCCCGUUCACCAGCUCAGCUCCAACCUGCAGAGCACCUUCACCCAGAGACACCGUCACUUUGACCAGUUCUUCAGAGAGCUGUUGGACAAUGCAGAGAAGUCUCUCAAUCACAUGUUUGUGCGGACGUAUGGCUUGAUGUACGUCAAGAACAAAGAGCUCUUUGAGGGUUUCUUCAGUGAUCUGCGCCGCUACUACAGCCACGGCAGCAGUGAGGUCAAUCUGGACGACAUGCUGGCCGAGUUCUGGUCUGAACUGCUGGAGCGCAUGUUUCGACUGGUCAACGUCCAGUACGAGUUCAGCGACUCCUACAUGGAGUGUGUCAGCAGGCACACGGACCAGCUCAAACCCUUCGGAGACGUUCCACGCAAGCUCCGUCUGCAGCUGACCCGCUCCUUCAUUGCUGUUCGCGCCUUCACUCGUGGCCUCACACUCAUGCCUGAUGUGGUCCGCAAAGUCUCAACGGUGAGCGCCUCACCGAGCUGUGUGCGCGCAUCGAUGAAGAUGUUAUACUGCCCGUACUGUAGCGGUCAGGUGGCGCUGAAGCCCUGCAAGAACUACUGUCUGAAUGUCAUGAGGGGCUGUCUGGCCAAUCAGGCCGAUCUGGACACAGAGUGGAAUAACUUCCUUGACUCCAUGUUAGGUCUCGCUGAGAGGCUGGAGGGACCCUUUAACUUCGAGUCGGUCGUGGACCCCAUUGAUGUGAAGAUUUCAGAUGCUAUCAUGAACAUGCAGGAGAACAGCAUGCAGGUCUCACAGAAGGUGUUUCAGGGUUGUGGGCAGCCCAAACUCAGCAUGGGCUUCCGCAGCCGGAGGUCUGCCAAAGACUCGGGCUUCCCUGGCCGUUUUAGACCGUACAGCCCUGAGGCCAGACCCACCACUGCUGCUGGCACCACCCUGGACCGACUGCUGACGGAUGUCAAGAAGAAACUGAAGCAUGCCAAGAAGUUCUGGUCCACCCUGCCGGACACAGUGUGUGUUGGAGAAAGGAUCGCCCCCAGUGAUGAUUGCUGGAAUGGUACAGCUAAAAGCAGGUACGAAUCUGUGGUUAUGAGCAGCGGUUUAGCCAAUCAGGUGUCUAAUCCAGACGUGGAGGUUGACAUCACCAAACCAGACAUGGUGAUCCGGCGGCAGAUCGCAGUCCUGAAGGAAAUGACCAGCUGGCUGAAAGCUGCUUACACCGGCAACGACAUCUCAUUUACCUCCGAUGAUGCCGGCAGCGGAGAGGAAAGCGGAAGCGGCUGCGACUCUCCCUCUUGCGAAGGCGACGGAGAUAUUUACUUCUCCACCCCGGCACCUGGUAAACCUCGCAUCCUCAAGACUCAGGAGGGCGAACAGGCCUCCAGCGGCACACGGUUGGCACCCUGCAGCCUGGCACUGGCCCUGGCCUCCCUUCUGCUCACCCUGCUCACUCUCCAAACAAGAUAAAAGCAGAAUCAGCCCAAGAAAGAGCAAGUGAUUGGACAAAUGUUUUUGACCGCGAGAGC